AUGUUCAAAACAAGAUCCUGCUCAGAUUUGUCAGCCGACUCGUUCUCCUUAUCUUCGAGCUCGCCCAUCAGCCGGUUGAGAAGCGACUUGCUGGACUCCGUGCGGAAAGAAACCUCUGACUCGUCGUCUUCAAGAAUCUCAAACUCUAAUGGACUCUUCUUUUUAGCAGACGUUGGAUUGUACUCGAUCAUCACGGGUUUCAACUGGAGAGCAUCAAACAACGAUCCUCUCGAGCGAGCAGGCUCCAUGUUUGUCUCUGGAACGUUUUGUCUCUGCGACUUAAAAUGCAGUUCCUGGAUCUUGAUUCCCAGUAGUCGCUCAUCCAGCGAGCUGAAAGUCGGCAUGCACGACUUGAUUUCGGUGCUGUUUUUGAUUUUGCCUGUGAUUUCGGAAACGUCGAGCGGCAUGAGCUUCUUGACGGGACUGGUAUGGAGCAUUUCCUGCAGUGUUCGGAGGUCUUUGAAACAGUUGGAGAUUUCGUCGCUGAUCGACCCGAGAACCACUCUAUCGAGCUCCAUGUACCUCACGGCCACGGGCAGUGUCUCGCGGUAUGCCAAACUGUAUCUCUUAGCUUCCAGAAGCGUCUCGCAUAGCGGUUCAAGCCGGCCAACGGUGGAUUCGAGCUCUGGGUCUGACUCGAGCUUGGCCUCCACCGUGCCAAUCAGUUCAGGCAGCAGAGCGUCUAUCGAGUCCAAACACUUCUGCGCAUUGAUCACUGUAUCUUUAUUUUCGGCCACAGCACUCAGACUCGUCAAGGCGGCGUCGAGCACCAGGAACUCUUGCAGAAAAACAUGGAUAUCAUUGAUAGCAGCGUCAAGGGCUUGGCGACUGGCACCUGCUUUGUACACGGGACUUUCUGUGAAAUCUGCCACCUUCACCUCGAAAAGCAUUGUGGGCUCAAACCAAAUCUCCGGAGCACCUCUGGAGCUUGUUUUGUCGUAUAUGAUGGACCCCUUUGGCUCGGCAACCUCCGUGGGUUUCAGUUUCUCGGUCAACGUUGCAAACAUCUCGUCGCUGAAACCUGUUCCGAUCUUGCAAAUGGCCUCGUAUUCUCCUGUGUCGGUGUUCCAGUUGCGCGACCGUUUGGAAGGCUCGUAUAAACUGUCCUGUCCAUUAAGAGUUUUGAUCAUGAGUCCCUCACAGGCGUCUUUCACAGACUGGUCCAAGAACUUGGUGAUCACGUCCAAAUCAGAGGAAUCCAACUUCUCAGAAAACCUGAACUUGCCAGGAAUCACCUUCAGGUUGUCGUACAUGUACUCCCGGCGCUCCUUGAGAGACAUUUUGAUUAGCGACUCGCCAUUGUACAACAGAAUGUCAAACGCAAACAGACAAACCUGA